AACAUUUCGCUCUCUAUCACUUUCUCGGUUCAGUUCCCUUUUCCCUCCACUCCACCCCUCUCUUCUUUCUCUCUCUACAUUUCCCCUGAAUUAACGCAACCAGGAGAUUCAGAUUUUGAGAGCCAAAUAGAGAGUGCAAACAAGCGUUUAUUAUUGAGGUAGUUAAGAUAUAUCUGGCCCUUAUCUGUAGGUUGUUCUGCAAUGGAUGCCACAACAGAGAAUUCACAACGCCGUUCUUUCUCAAUUAAACUAUGGCCUCCAAGCCAAAACACACGCCAAAUGCUUGUGGAACGUAUGACUAACAAUCUCACAUCUAAAUCCAUUUUCACCCAGAGAUAUGGUGUUUUGACCUUGGAAGAGGCUGAAGAAAAUGCAAAAAAUAUUGAGGAUACGGCUUUCACCACUGCAAAUCAGCACUAUGAGAAAGAGCCUGAUGGUGAUGGAAGUUCUGCAGUCCAGCUUUAUGCAAGGGAAUGCAGUAAGCUUUUGCUGGAAGUUCUUAAGAGAGGCCCUGGAACUAAGGAAGAAAGAGGUGUUUUAGCAUCUGAGGAGACCAAGGAUGACAAGCAAGAGCUGGAAUCUGAGAAAGUCAGUGCAGCUCAUGAAACCUUGUUUGAUAUAUCUAAAGGAAAGCGAUCCUUUCUUGAGGCAGAGAAGGCUGAGGAGAUCUUAAGGCCAUUAAAGGAGCCUGGAAAUUCUUACACUAAGAUAUGCUUUAGCAAUAGAAGCUUUGGUUUAGGAGCAGCCAAAGUUGCUGAGCCCAUUUUGGUUUCCCUCAAGAGUCAGUUGAAGGAAGUUGACAUCUCAGAUUUUAUUGCAGGAAGACCAGAAGCAGAGGCUCUUGAAGUUAUGAAAAUAUUCGCAGCUGCCCUGGAAGGUAGCAUUUUGAAGUCUCUAAACCUCUCGAAUAAUGCCUUGGGUGAGAAGGGUGUCAGGGCUUUUGGGCCCCUCCUGAAAUCACAGAGUUCCAUGGAGGAGCUCUACUUAAUGAAUGAUGGUAUCUCAGAAGAAGCUGCACGUGCAGUUUGUGAAUUGAUUCCCUCCACAGAGAAGCUUAAGGUCCUUCAGUUUCAUAAUAACAUGACAGGUGAUGAAGGGGCUCUUGCUAUCUCUGAGGUCGUGAAGCAUUCAACCUUGUUAGAGGAUUUUCGCAGCUCCUCAACUAGGAUAGGCUCAGAAGGUGGAAUUGCACUGUCCGAAGCACUUGAGAGUUGUACCCAUUUGAAGAAGCUUGACCUGCGUGAUAACAUGUUUGGAGUGGAUGCUGGAGUUGCUUUAAGUAAAGCUUUUUCUAGGCAUGCAGAUCUCACUGAGAUUUACCUAAGCUAUCUCAACUUGGAAGAUCAGGGUACAAUUGCUAUAGUCAAUGCCCUCAAGGAAUCUGCUCCUUUGCUUGCAGUCCUGGAGCUGGCUGGGAAUGACGUGACAGCUGAAGCUGCUCCUGUUAUAUCUGCUUGUAUAGCAGUGAAGCAGCAUCUGGUCAAGUUAAACUUGGCUGAAAAUGAACUUAAAGAUGAAGGUGCUGUCCACAUUAGCAAGGCCUUAGAAGAGGGGCAUAACCAGCUGGAGGAAGUUGAUAUGAGCGCCAACUUUAUAAGACGGGCUGGAGCUCGACUCUUGGCACAGGUGGUCAUUAAAAAACCGGGAUUUAAGCUGCUGAACAUUAAUUCAAAUAUCAUCUCUGAAGAAGGCAUCGAUGAAAUGAAAGAAAUAUUUAAGAAAUCUACUGAUUUACUUGGACCUUUGGAUGAGAAUGACCCUGAAGGAGGUGAAGGUGAUGAAGAAUCUGGAGAGGGCGAAGGUAAUGAGGAUGAAUUGGAAUCGAAGCUGAAGAAUCUUGAAGUUGGUGGUCAAGAUGAUUAAAGAUUCUCUUAUUUUAGGUGUCUUAAUAUAGAAUUUGCUGCACUUGUAACAUCGUGGGACCUCAACAAUAGUGGGAGAUGAUUGACAGCAUUUUGGAUUAACUAUUCUGUUAAUUCCCCAUGCAUUAGCUGAGCAGGGUAGUAGCUGUUUGUUUAGUGGAGGCCUAGAGUAUGUUGUCUGUAGCAGUAGAUAAUUUUUAGGGGAGUCUUCCGAAGUUUUUUCUUCUGGAACCUCUAGAUUUUCAAGUCAUUCAAUGUGUUAGCAGAUCUUGUAACAGAUUCACUCUGAUAUUGCUAAUGAUGCAAUGUCAAAAAUAUUGUUAUGAGUGCUUGAGGUGCGCUCAUGUAUUAUGUCCUAUGGCUAAAAUGAUUAUUACUUGGACAUACUGUGGAAAUCAGUCUUUUCUGGAAGUUUUUAUGUCUUCUAAAACCCGUUUUGAGAAUCCUA